AAAACAAAUUACAAACAGUCCGCAGAUCUCAUUUAUUUGCGGCACUCCGAGCCGUUCACAACGUUCAAAAGCUGCGCGCUCAAGCUAAAAAACAAAAAAAAUCGAAGCGUCGGCAAAGCAGUGCGAGGAAAGCGCGAAAAACUAACGCGAAUAAAGUGAAUUUUAGAUGCGAUACGCCAAGUAAAAUUAAAAAAAAAACCAACCAUAAACGUGCUCGCAUCAUUACGCAUAAAUUAGUUUCCACAAUCUAGCCAUUCAAGUUAAAAACAUCUUCACUUGAAGGACACACGGGCAAUAAAUUCUACAAUCGGCAAAUAUAAUUAAGGAAAAUCCGUAAUCAACUUAGCCAACCGGCAGCUGCAGUCACAGCCAUUUAAACAUGUCGCCGCUGCUUCCAUGGGCAUCUCUACUCAUUUUUGCCAAUUUGGUGGCAGCUCGACCCUAUUCCUAUGGCCCAAGGGCAGAUGCGUCGCCGCCCACGAGACUAGCCAACCGAAUUGUGGUGCAAUCGCCGUCGCUGGACAACUUGUACAUGGACUACGUGGUCACGUCGAAGCCGCUGAAUCUGCGCAAGUACAACAAGAACGGCAGUAAGACGAAAAAAACGAAAAAGGAUUCGAAAAUAUAUUACAUACCCGUACCCCCACUGCCCUUCCGUCACAUACCCGGCAUUGGUCUGGACUAUCAGCCGAUGAAAAUCAAUCCCAUUCUCCAGGAGGCGGAGAAGACGACGAAGAGCCCAACGCUUCGUCCUUCGACGACGACAUCCAGGCCCAAUCUGGAUCAUCGGGGACCCAGUAAAGUGCUCCGAGUGCAGCAUCAGAAGGAUUACUAUUUCAACGGACGCCCACAUCGACUGCAGGUGGCCCAUGCCGAUAAAAAGUCCGCACUGACGGCCCUCAACCUAAAGUCCAACUUUUACUAUAACAAAAACAUUAUUUAUUAGUACACUUAGUUAGCAAAUAAUAAAAUUAUAAAGAAACAACCAA